AUGUGUGGGCGAAAAAUCACCUGCCCCAACUGCCGCGAAGCCCUGAUUCUCCCCGACGCCCCCGUCCCGAAAGUCGCCACCCCGGCCAUCCCCAAAGCCUCGCAAGAAAAAGCCUCCCCCCGGUUGAUCCCGGUGGUCUGCCGUCUCUGCGGCACUCGGAUGUACGCCCACCCCAAUCAAGUCGGUCAGGCAUUACGCUGCCCCGAUUGUUACGUCGAGACGGUGGUCACGCCGGCUGCGGUCGCCCAAGUGCAGGCCAAGCGGACCGUUCACAAACCGUACGCCGUGGUGGAAGACGCUCCGCCGGAACAGCCACAGCAGCAGUCGUCCGUCGCUGGGGCGAAGCCUCAGCCGGUCAAGAAACCCAAUGCCCCAGCCGGCGAGUUGAUCCUCGUUGCCUGCCCGCUGUGCGCCACACGAAUGCACUUCGCCACAAAGAACGCCGGCCGCCGAGCCAAGUGUCCCGACUGCGAAACCGAGUUCACGGUUCCCCAACCGCCACCCAAGAAGAAACCCAAAGCAGCCGUCGACCAACCGGGUGACUACACCCUCGACGAGUUGCCCGUCGAAGUACCCGCAACGGAACCGUCUCCACAGAAAACGAAUCUCCCCGCGCCCAAGCAAUGGAGCGAUCGCGAAGAAGAACCGCCGCCCCCGAAACCAAAGUCUCCCAAGCGUCGCACCAAGAAAGCCCUCCGCUCGUUCUUCACCGGCGUGUUCUUCUACCCCUGGCAUAGCGAAGUCGUGCUGUACUGGCUGUACUUCACCGCCGGCAUCACGCUGUUGGGUCUGCUGAUCACUGCGAUAAUGGGUCUCUACGCAUCGGAAAAUCCCAUGGGCGGUUUUGCGAUGGCAUUCCCAGCAAUGGCCUGUCUAUGGAUUGGCCUGCUCACCUUCACCUUCGGCGGGGCUUGCUCCUGGUCGAUCCUUCGCGACACGGCGGCCGGUGCCGACGAAGUGGAAGAAUGGCCCUCGGCCAACUGGCAGGUCUGGAUCUACCCCCUGGUCUACCUGUUCUUCAUCGUCAGCGUGGCCGCGGUGUUCGGCUAUGCCAUCCAGUGGGCAGCCGCAACCCCACCCGGUCUGGCCCAGGCCGCCACGGCCGUCGUGCUCACUCCGCUGUUGCUGCUUUCCACCUUAGAAACCGGCCAUCCCCUCUCGAUCUUCUCCGCACCCGUGCUCGGAAGCCUCUUCCGUUCCUGGCGAUCCUGGACGCUCUACUACUUCCUGCACCUCGCCCUAUUCGCCACCACGGCGGCCAUCCUCCUCACUCUCGCCACCGGGGGCCCCUCCGUCUUUGCCGGAAUCCUCGCCGGCCCCCUCAUCGCUUCCGUCUGGUUCAUCUCAGCCCGCCUGCUCGGCCGCUUGGCGUAUCGGCUAGAAGAUGAUUCCAAACGUCGGGAACGCAUGCAGAAAGAACUAGAGGAACAGCCCACGCCGGAAGAUGGUCUCGGAAUGACGAAUUGGCUGGCGGAGAGCUUCGGUCGACAUCGAAUCCUCGUGGCGUUGCUCAUCGUCACCAUCACCGGCAUUGCCGUCUGGGGAAACCAUUUCUCCGGCGAGGGCAUCGGCUUUCGUAAACGCAAAAGCAGCGACGCCGCCCAAUUCAAGAACCAGAUCGAGGUGCAGUUCGGCGCCGGAGGUAGCGGAAUCCUCCUGGUCCUCGAUUCCGACACCCUCUUCACCCCCGCCACGAUGACCGCCGUCCGCCGUGUGGUCGAUGAAGUCACCGAGUUGGAAACCGUCGCCGGCGUCAUCGGCCUCGACCGCAUCCCCGAUCUCAGUAGCUUCCCCGCAGUUGAGAAGCUCAUCCCCGCCAACGACGCUUCCGAAGAAGAAUUCACCGCCGCCCGCAGCCGCGCACUCGAGCACCCGCUAGUCGUCGGGCAACUCCUCUCACCCGAUGGCAAAACCUUACUCAUCCCCGUCGUGCCCAACGCCGAAGCCCUAGGCAUUGGCGAAAGUCUCGGCGACCUGGUCGAUCGAAUCACCACCACGGCCGGAGCCGCCGCUGAAGGUUCCGACCUCACCGUCACCCGCACGGGCCUCUUACCGCUCCGCCACGAACAGUCCGAAGCCUUCGACAAAGAGCACGUUCGCUUUCAGAUCAUCGCCUACUCGAUGGUCUUCAUUCUGGCCAUCAUCAUGUUUCGCGGGGUGUCGGCCGUGAUCAUCGUCGCCGGAGCACCCUCGCUGGGGUUGUACUGGACGCUUGGAAUCUUGGGCUUCCUGUCCCAGGGCCAUAACCCGUUGGUGCAGAUCAUUCUCCCGGUGCUGGUCGUCAUGAUCGGCUUCACCAACGGCGUGCACAUCAUGGUCGACAUCCGCCGCUCGCGAGCCCACGGGGCCGAACCGGUGGCGGCCUCGCAAGACGCCAUACGCCACCUCACGGUGGCCUGCGCCCUCACCUCGCUCACCACCGCCAUUGGGUUUGGCUCACUCACCGUCUCCAGUUCCGAGCUGAUUCGCGACUUUGGUCUCGACUGCAUGAUCGGCGUCGGCAUGGUCUUCGUCUCGGUGCUGACCGUCAUUCCGUUGCUCAGCAGCACCUGGCUCGGCCGUCGGGUUCACACGGGCCACGAGCACGACAUCAUCAACAAGAACCUCACCUUCUUCGAAGGUCUCAUCAACUUCAUCAUCCGCCACUGCAAGCCCAUCACCGCGAUCUCCAUCGUGGCCACUAUCAUCAUGGUCGCCACAGGGCUCACGCUCCGUGCCGAUAGCACCCUGCGAAGCGACUUCCCCCGCAACAGCAAGGCCUACGCCGCCCUCGAGCACGUCGAUGAAACGUUCGGCGGUGUGGAACUUAUCCAGGUAGCCGUCGAUUGGCCCGAGAACAUCAAACUCGGCUCAGGCGAACUGAAAGAAACCCUCCGCGAGGUGGUUGCCGCCAUCGACGACGAACCGCUGAUCAGCCACCCGCUGUCGAUUCUGAACAUCGCCGAUUCCCUGCCCGACCAGGCACGCCAGUUCGUCCGUGGCGUGCUGCGAGCCGACCUCAAUCGGGCCAUCAUCAUCGCCCGCAUCCGCGACUACGGCAGUUCCCGCUACGUCAGUGUGUUCGAGAAUCUGGAAGCGCGGCUCGCCGCAAUCGAGGCCGAACACGAGGGAUUUGUGCUUCGCCUCACCGGCGAUCCCGUCGUCCGCGGGCGGGGUAUCCACGACAUCAUUUACGACUUGGCCGGCAGCUUGAGUGUGGCUGCCGUGAUUAUCCUGUUUGUGAUGGGCAUCGCUUACCGUUCACUUCGCAUCGGCCUGAUGUGCGUGGUGCCCAAUCUCUUCCCCCUGGCGGUCACUGCCUCGCUGCUGGUGCUGCUGGGCCGACCACUGGAGAUCACCAGCGUGUGUGCCUUUACGAUCUGUCUGGGAAUUGCCGUCGACGACACCAUCCACUUUCUGUCCCGCUUCCGCUAUGAACUUGCCAUCGAUGGCGACGUUGAUGCCGCUAUCCGCCGGAGUUUCAUUCGUGUCGGCACCGCAUUGAUUCUCUCCUCGGUGGUGCUCGUCUCCGGUUUCGCCACGGUGCUCACCAGUCAAAUGCCGGGACAUCAGGUCUUUGCAGGCAUGGCUUGCGCGACGAUCGUCGCCGCACUCGUGGGCGAUUUGCUCAUUUUGCCGGCGAUUUUGGCCACAUUCACCCCCCGCUCGACGAAGAAGACAACCCGAGUUCGCAAAGUGAAGCGAACAACUCGCAAUGGGCAGCCCGACUGGGUGGGCUUGCCAGACGAGGAACUUCUCGACCUGCGAUUCUGCGAUCUGGGCCUCAAGCUCGAGGGCACCAAGGUCGAAGAACGAAUCGGCCUGUUACACCGCCAGCUCGAGCGGCGACACAUUCGCAUUCAGCCGCACUGCUGGUUCUCCGACGAGUGGUUCUCGCCCGAUGAUAUUCCCGGCAUCGCCGUUCCCUUCUACCUGGCCCACCCGCGGCUCGAACGCCUCGAACGCAACAUGAUGCACGAGGUCGAAGGCGGCACCCAUCGCUGGUGCAUGCAAAUCCUUCGUCACGAGGCGGGCCACUGUGUCGAUACCGCCUUCGGACUGCAUCGCCGUCGCAAGUGGCAACACGUGUUCGGCCUCGCCUCGCAGAAAUACCCCGAGCAAUACCGCCCCCGGCCCUACAGCAAAAGCUACGUACAACAUCUCGAAGCCUGGUACGCCCAAAGCCACCCCAGCGAAGACUUCGCCGAGACCUUCGCCGUGUGGCUCAAUCCCGGCUCGCGCUGGCGACGCCAAUACCAGGGUUGGCCCGCCCUGAAGAAACUGCAACUGGUCGACGAACUGAUGGAUGAAAUCGCCGACCAACCGCCCAAGCUCACCUCGCGUCAACGGCUAGGCAGUUUGUCGCGCAUGCGAAAGACACUUCGCAGCCACUACAAAGAACGCCAAACCCGCUACGGCAUCGACGAACCCGAGCUGUUCGAUAACGACCUCCGCAAGCUCUUCAGCGACGAUCCCAAGUACGCCCGCCGCGAAUCGGCCGCCGCCUUUCUACGUCGAGUUCGCCCCGAGCUUCGCCGCCGGGUCGCUCACUGGUCGGGUGAGUUCCAGUACACCAUCGACCAGGUACUGCAAGAAAUGAUGACCCGUUGCAACCGGCUCAAGCUGCGUCGCAACUUGUCUGAGCAACGAAGUAAGCAAGACGCAGCCCUGUUGUUGGCGGUUCACACCAUCAAGUAUUUGCACAACGGUCUGCACAACCUGGGCCACGACGUAAAACCGCUGGGCGUCAGUAGCGAUCUCGGUGUCAUUCGCGACGCCAUCGUCGAGUGGAAGCCCCACAUCACGUUCAACCUGCUGGAAGAAUUCCACGGGGUGGCCGUCUACGAUCAUCACGUGGUGAGCUAUCUCGAACUGAUGCGAGAAGCCUACACCGGCUGCAAUCCCCGGGGCCUCAUGCUGGCUCACGACAAGCCGCUCUCAAAAAAGAUCCUCUCCUUCCACCGUAUUAGCGUGCCCACCUUCGCGGUGUUCGUCAAAGGUCGCAAGAUCCGCCGCCCCAAGCGACUCGAGUUCCCGCUACUAGUCAAAUCAGCCGUGGAAGAAGCCUCCCUCGGCAUCUCGCAGGCGUCGAUUGUCUACAACGACGACAAACUUCGUGAGCGCGUCGAGUUCAUCCACAACAACAUUGGCACCGACGCUCUCGUCGAGCAAUACAUCGAAGGCCGCGAACUCUACGUUGGCGUUCUGGGGAAUCACCGCCUUGAAACCUUCCCCAUCUGGGAGAUGGUCUUCAAGAACAUGCCCGAGAGUGUGGCCCACAUCGCCACGGCCAAGGUGAAGUGGGACUCGGCCUAUCAGAAGAAGAUGGGCAUCGACACCACGGCCGCCAAAGACUUGCCCGAGAAGACAGUGAAAGAAAUCGUGAAGCUCUGCAAACGCAUCUAUCACGUCCUCGAACUCACCGGCUACGCCCGCAUGGAUUUGCGUCUCACGCCCGAUGGUCAGGUUUAUGUUCUAGAAGCCAACCCCAACCCCAACCUGGCCUACGGCGAAGACUACGCCGAGUCGGCCGAAAGCGCCGGCGUCUCCUACGAAGACCUGCUCCAACGCAUCCUCAACCUCGGCCUCCGCUUCGGAAGCAGGCAGACAAUGGCUCUCGACCCGUACGCAUUUUGUCCCUGUGGCUCGGGUAAGAAGCUCAAGUUCUGCUGCCGCGACCUGGCUCCCGAACUUGAGAAGAUGGAGCGGAUGAUCGAAGGCGAGCAAUACCGUGCCUGCCUAGACCACGCCGAAAAACUCGAACAAAAACACCGCGGCCGCGUCGGCCUCAUGGUGAUGAUGGGCCGCCUGCACCUUUAUCUCAAGGAGCACGAGGAAGCUCACAAACUGUUCGACGCCGUUCUUGAGAAAGAGCCCGACAACACCACGGCCCUCGCCCAUCGCUCGACGCUGAAGCUAAUGCUGCGGCAAGUCCCCGAGGCCAUUGUCGACCUGCAACUGGCCCUCGCCGCCGGUCGCGACCCGAUGCCCAGCGACGUGUUCGACGCGUUAGAGCUGAUCGCCAAAGUGCUCACCGGCGCACAGAUGCCGAUGUCGGCCCGCGCCCACCUGCAGCUCACACUGGCCUCCGACCCCGAAGACUCGGAAGUCAGCACGUUCCUCAACGAGAUCGACCGCUCGCUUGAAGUUCCGCUGCUGCUGAAAGACGACCCCAACCUCAUGCCCUGCCCCGAGGGCUUUGCAUCCGAGGACGAGUUCGAAGAAGCCCUUUGGCUGGCACGCGUCGGGCGGUGGCUCAUCGCCGAACAACACUUCGCCCGCCUGGCCGAAGCUUCGCCCAACGUGCCCGAACUGUGGUUCAACCUCGGCCUGGUGCGUGGCUGGCUUGCCAACAACGAUGGCGCGGUCGAAGCGUUCCGCAAGUAUUCGGUGCUUGAUGGAGUCGCACUCGAAGACGCGCUCGAAGCCGAGGCCCUCGCUCAACUGCUGGGGCCCGUCACCGAGAAAGAUCGCCUGCCGGCCAUCAAGGUCGCCCACGACAUCAACGACUCGCAGCGCCUGCUCGAGUUGCUGCUCUCCAACAAACAGGCCUGGAAGCUGCCCGAUCAGGGACGCAACCCCGACGAAGGUCCGCCCCCCACCGCCGUCUUCCGCCUGCUCGAUCGUCCGCAGUUAACCAGUGCUGAAGGCCUGUCGAUCGACAACAUCCCCAACAUCAUUGGGCAAGUCUCGCUGUUCGGAAAACAAACCGACCGCGCGGCCCGCGUCGAAGUGAUCGGCAUCGAGGGUGAAACGUUCGAUCAGGCCGAAGCCCUGGUGAAAGAAAUCGCCGGCGACGAUCUGGGCGAAGCCUCAGGCUCGGAAGUCGUCCAUCCCUUCGCCGCCAUGCGUGGCAACUUCGACCCCCGUUGGCAACUCCCCGAGGGAACCACCCGCGAGCAAGCCCACGAGUUGGUCAUCGAGCACGGCACCGACGCCCUCAUGAAUCGCUGGCCCGAAACGGUCACGCACGCCCUCGACGAAAAAACCCCGCUCGAGGCCGCCAAAGACGACAAGCUCAAGUUCCGCGUCUUGGCUCAACUCCUCGUCUCCGAGUUGGCCACCGCCGAACACACCGAGAAGUUCGACUUCAACGCCCUCCGCGAGAAGCUCGGCCUGCCAAAGAUGGAAGCCAUCGACCCCACCACGGUCGACCUCACCGCGCUUCCCAUGUGCCGCUGGCAUCGUUUAGAAGUCGAGAAGCUCGGCGACGAAGAACUCGCCCAAUUGAUGGGUGCCGCACUACACCUGCGGGCCGCCCGCGCCGGCCGGCUGCUCGCCCUCGAAGUGAUCAACCGCCCGAGCCUCGACGGAAAGAUCAACAAGUCGUUGGUCUACGGCGAACUCUCCCGUCUGGAAACCAGUCCUUCGAUCGCGCUGGAAUACCUCGAUCGCGGACGCGAGCUGGCCGAAGCCGCUGGGCAAUCUUCCGCCCCGUGGGAUCUGCAAGAACUCACCCUCCGUAGCGAGAUCGGGCAGCCCGACGAAGUGAAACGCGUGCUCGAUCACAUCACCGCCGAGCACAUCAACGAACCCGGCGUCCGUCAGGCGGUCGUGCAGUUCCUAACCAGCAUCGGCGUUCUCGGCCCCGAUGGACAAAUGCGCCCGCAGGCCAUGCCGCCCGAGGCCGCGGAAAUGCCCGGUGCCGAAGAACCCGCCGCUGGCGAGUCCGGCAAAAUCUGGACGCCCGAUUCCGAACAAGGCUCCAAAGAAAAGUCGGCCCUCUGGACCCCCGGCAUGGACUGA